CCAUUUGACUGAAGAAGGCUUCGACUUUUUGUAUCCUGAUGAUGGGGUUUCUGAACCUGAAGUGGUUAUGAUGUAUACUUGGACCACUAGAAGUCGGAUGACUGUUAAAGUGAUAACUUAUGGAGCAACUGUAGUAGGUAUUUCAGUACCAGAUGCAAGAGGAAUGGUUCAAGAUGUUUUGCUAGGAUUCGACGAUUUAGCAGGUUACAGGAGACAAAGCAAUCCUUAUAUAGGCGCAACCUUGGGUCGUGUUGCAAAUUACAUCGAAAAUAUUAUAAUGAACCUGGUGUCCGAGUCUGGUGCUGAAGGUUAUCCUGGUAAAUUGUUGACGUCCAUAACCUUCCAGGUGACUGCUGAAAACAGAUUUAUUGUCAGUAUGAGAUCUGCAAGUGAUUGUUCGACUCCUGUGAGCCUCACACAUGCACUGAGACUCAAUUUGGCAGGACAUAAUGCUGGUCUUUUGGACAUCUUUAAACAUCGCGUCACUGUCGAUGCUGAUAAAUACGUUGAGAAGAAUUUUUUGGGAUUGCCAACUGGUAAAUUGCUAAAAGUAGCAGCAACUCAGUACGAUUUUCGGGUGGAAAGAAACAUUGGAGGGUUGUUAAGAAGAUGUGCAAGACGAGGAAUCGACCAUACAUUGUGCUUGACACACCAACCAGAACCGAAGGAGGACGAAGAUGAUGAGGACAAUGUUAUUUUUGUAGCCAGAAUUGUUUAUAAUAUUGGAACUGUACUAGAAAUUUUUCUGAUGUUUCCACAAUUUGAGGAAGCAUAG